AUUGGGGUGGGAGGAAUACUGUCGUGAGUGAUGGGGAAAGAAAUGUUCGACUUCUAUAGAUAUACACACGGUGAGUGAAGGAUGAAUCGGAGGCUAGUGAUUGUGGUAAUAUUCCUACAAGAAGGAUCAAUAAUUGCCCAGUUUAGACCUUAAGCCCCAAACAUGGAUUUUCCGCUGCCGCGAUUUAAGCCGCAGUGAUCCUCAGGCCUCUUCUCAGAAACAGGCCCGGGUCACCGGGGACCAUCUUGAUUUUGCGGAGUGGGGGAGUGCGCAGGUGCGGUUAGCGCGAUGAUGUCACUGUGACUGGGCGGGGCUAUGCUUUUCCCCCUCCCCGGUUCCCCAUCCACCGCUUCCCAUCGGAGAUAGUAAGAGCUGGAGUCAGAGGUAAGACAGCGUCGGGCUGGCCAGGCAACGUCAGAGGACCGUGAAAGUUGACGUUUCGAGUUGGAACCCUUCUUCAGAAAGGUCGAUCAGGUUCGAGGAACCGAAUGGCCUAUACCUGUCCCUUAAAAGAGUUGUAACCAGAUACACAGAGUGAGAAUGUUCAAGUGGCCUGACUGUGGAAAGCGCUUUAACUUAGACUGAAAUAAAGUUGCACUGCAUCCAGCUGAGAAAAACUGUAUGGACGUUUAGUCCAUUGGAUUAGAAUACACCUGAUCAUUCAGUAAGAAGAAACAAGAGAUACCUACACGAUAGAAAUCCUAUGGAAAAAUAUCGGGACAUUGACAGCGGAUCGGAUUGAAUACGACACAUGUCGAUUGUAGCUGACCUGAUAGUUCUCGAGUCCACUUUCCAGAGUUUUUCCUGUGACCCUUGAUGCCCCUACUCAUCAAGAAUCUAUCUCAGCCUUAAAUAUACACAAGGACUCUGCCCCCUCAGCUCUUUUUGGCAAGAAGUUUACAAGACUGGCAACCCUCUGAGAAGAAAUUCCUCUUCAUCACAAUUUUAAAUUGGUGCCUUCAUUGUGAGACUAUGCUUUCUGGUCCUAGACUCUCCAAAGAGGGGGAAACAUCCUUGCAGCAUUUUCUCUGUCAAGCCCCUUCCGAAUGUGAUUAUCUUCAAUGAAAUCACCUCUCAUUGCUCUAAUGUGCGUAAUGUCCCACUCACUCAGUCUGUGUCACUGGUUAAAAAUCUUCCUACUGUGCACUGUGUUAUAAUCCUCACUGACUUUUUUAAAAAAAUAUUUUUGGUUUGAGUCUGAGAGCUGAACAAUGACCUCUGGACUGUGAGCAGCAGCAGCUUGUGUUAAAAAGAAUAAACAAACCAGUGUUUGUUUUUGAGGCCAGGCCUGGAAGUUAAUUUCAGGUUGAUUCUUCAUCAAAAACUCUGUAUACUCUCCUGGCCAUUGAUGAGAACACUUGACACUUUGAGAACUGGAUAGAAAACGAGAGACCGAGCAGCCAGUCCAGAAGUUUCCAAAUCACUCUGUACCUCCUUGACCACCUUGAACUGCUGCAGUCUGUGUGGUGAAGCUGCUCCCAAAUUACUGUACGGUGAGGAGUUUCAGGAUUUUCAACCAGUGAUCCUAAGAGUCACAGAGGCACAUUAGUUAGCAAGAAUUCCAAACAAAGAUUCCAAGAAGAUAUAAGACUGAGUCAAUUCAUCAGGAUUUGAAAAACAUUGUCUGUGGAAAAAAGAUUUUCAACAUCAGUAUGACUGGAAAUGGACCAAGGUACAUCCACCCACUGUUCCGGUGAACUGACUGUGGAGAGAGCUUGAGCCAGUUGCACAGCCUGAAUAACAUCACUCCAUUCACAGUGGGUAGAAACUGUAUCCCUGUCUUCUGUAUGAGGGAAGAGUCAGCUGGUCAUCCAAUAUGGAGAGACAUAAGGGAACCUGCACCACAGAGAAACCGUGGAAAUGUGCGGAUUGUGGGAAGGGAUUUAAAUACCCAUCCCAGUUGGAAACUCAUCGACGCACUCACACUGGAGAGAGGCCAUUCAUUUGCCCCAAGUGUGGGAAAGGAUUCAGUGACUCAUCCAACCUGCUGGCACACCUUCGAGUUCACACUGGGGAGAGGCCAUUCAUCUGCCCUGAGUGUGGGAAGGGAUUCAGUGACUCAUCCAACCUGUGCAGUCACCAACGCGUUCACACUGGGGAGAGGCCAUUUAUCUGCCCUAAGUGUGGGAAGAGAUUCACUCAGUCAUCUGCUCUUCUGAAACAUAAACGCACUCACACUGGGGAGAGGCCAUUCAUCUGCCCUGAGUGUGGUAAGAGAUUCAGUGCCUCAUCCAACCUGCUGGCACACCAGCGAGUUCACACUGUGGAGAGGCCAUUCAUCUGUUUCAUUUGUGGGAAAGGAUUCACCCAGUCAUCAUAUUUGCUGAGACACCAGCGAGUUCACACUGCAGAGAGGCCGUUCAUCUGCCCAGAGUGUGGGAAGGGAUUCACUCGGUCAGCCCACCUCUUAAAACACCAGAGAGUUCAUGAUGGGGAGAGGCCAUUCAUCUGCUCUGUGUGUGACAAGGCAUUCUCUCAGUUAUCCCACCUUAAGGUACACCAACUAGUUCACACCGAUGAGAGACCUUUCAAAUGUUCACACUGCGAGAAGAGCUUUAAACAGAGACAGGACAUGCUGACACACCAAUACAUUCACACUGGGGAGAGGCCAUUCCCCUGCUCCGAGUGUGGGAAACUAUUUGUCCAUUCAAACAACCUUCUGAGACACCAGCGAAUACACGCUGGUGAGAAGUUGUUACCUGCUGCCUCUGUGGGAAAGGAUAUUCUCAGUCAUCCCACCUGCUGAGACACCAGCAAGUUCACAACUACAGGGCAGGUGUCUGUUGCUGUUGUUGUUCUUAAUAAAAUUUUGAUUGAUCCAGCCCCUGGAGGAGUGGUUGAUCGAUGUGGUGGAUGACUUGAUGCAUCUGCCUGGAGCAUUUGGAAGCAGAUGCAAUGGAAAAGGGAAAUAUGUAGUGCUUGUGAUGUGAACAUGGUGAGGCCAGCAGAGGGUUGCAUUGUAUCGCUUUAAACACGCGCUCACACACUCACUGUCUCACACUCUGACACACAGAUGCACAAUGCCAGAUUCACAGACACAUAUACAGAGAUUCCAGAGCAAAGUGUCCCAUGGCAGGCACAUUUGGACACCUACAGACACAAUGUCCAUUGGUAUAUCGUCAGGGUUUAUCUAUUUGAUAGACUCAAGUUCAUUUGUACAAUGAACUUGUGUUAAUUCAUACAAUAGAUCUGUGUAAUUGCCAUUCAUUUGUAAAAUGGAUUGAUUCAUUUGUAGAAUUCUCAACUCAUUAAAAGAAAAUUUGGUGUCUUGUUCAUUUCAGUCCCACUUACACCUUUUUGUUGAUAUGUGUGAAAAUCUUGUAUUCCCUUGUGGAA